GUUUGCCCCAUUGGAGACUGAGAGCUUCUUGUAAUAUCCAUCGAGCCGUGAAACAUGAGCAUCUCAGUGAACGCCGAGUCUUGUGUGCCGCCGGGCUUCCGCUUCCAUCCCACCGAGGAGGAGCUCCUCAACUACUACCUGAGGAAGAAGGUCAUGUCCGAGAAGAUCGAUCUGGACGUCAUCCGAGACGUUGAUCUCAAUAAGCUGGAGCCGUGGGACAUCCAAGAGAAGUGCAGGAUCGGGUCGACGCCGCAGAACGACUGGUACUUCUUCAGCCACAAGGACAAGAAGUACCCGACCGGCACCCGAACCAAUCGAGCAACGGCCGCCGGCUUCUGGAAGGCCACCGGCCGCGACAAGGUGAUCUAUUCCAGCGUCACACGGAUCGGCAUGAGGAAGACGCUGGUGUUCUACAGAGGCCGAGCCCCCCAUGGCCAGAAGUCGGACUGGAUCAUGCACGAGUACCGGCUCGAUGACCACUCCGACCUCAUCUCCCACUCCAACGCCCCAAGUUCUAUGGGAGAAGGGACAAACCAAGAAGACGCCUGGGUGGUCUGCCGAGUGUUCAAGAAGAAGAACCACCACAGGGCCAUUGACAGACCUAAUAACUCUGCCUCCGUAACCAGCGAUGCCAAGACCCAGUUGCUGCACCACCCGGGCAGCGGCGACGACGCAUUGGAUCAGAUCCUACAAUACAUGGGUCGAUCAUGCAAGGGAGAAAGCCAAUGGACGACGAACAGUACUAGUAAUAACAUCGAGUACCUGAGGCCGAUCGAGAUCGCCUCAUCUAGUGGUCUGCAGGAGAUGUUCAUGAAGCUUCCUGCUCCCGGAAGCCCCACCAUCACGCCACUCCCAAAUAGCUUCCCUCUUGAUCACUCCUGCGAUGACCAAACGAGCUACGGGAUGUCAGCGGCCGUCGACAUGGGCAGCGCCCACCGUGCCGAGACCGGAAGCGGCGACUGGGCUGCAUUCGACCGGCUACUUGCCUCCCAGCUCAACGGCCCGUACGAGGGACCGAAACCGCUCGACGAUGACUCUGGCGUUGGCUUUCGCUCAUCAGCAAGAGUAGUGCAUGCUGAUGAUGAUGAUGAUGAUGAUGAUGAUGAUGAUGAUUAUGAUGAUGAUGACCAACAUGGCGGCGAUGGCGAUCUAUGGAGCUUGACGAGGACGUCAUUAUCGCUGUCAGAUCGCAUCAGCCAUGCGUCUCUGUGAAAGGAAGCAGGCAACACAUGCGCACAGUGAUGUCUCUUCCAACACGAAAAUAAGGAGGAAUACAUAUAAACAUACACCGUGAGAACCAUGACGGAAUAUAAUGGAUUGAUGUGUUCAA